AUGUGUAUUCGCUUGCUGCUUGACGUUCUGUCGCUACUUUUCAUUAACAAGUUGACUACUGGUCCAAAUCCUGGAGCAUGGCGAUUACCGAUCGUUAUGAAUACAGUAAUGCUCCAGGGUGAGGUCACCGUCAUGGGUCCUAUCUAUGGAGAAGGUGAUUCGCUCAUCACAUUACUUUCGUUAGUCGGGAUGCCACCACAAAGAACCUACCUAUUCCUUGGAUGCUAUUUCGGUUUGGGUUUCGCACCACUUGAAAGCUUGCUGUUGCUUUUUUGCCUAAAAUGUUUGUAUCCGUCAAAAGUAUACCUACUCAAAGGUCAUCUCGAAGAACCAGCGUCGAUUAAGAAUUUGGGUUUGGACGACUGGUUGCUUCGAAGGAAAAUCCCAGCGGAAUCGGUGCCACGAGUUUCUGAAAUUGUUAUGGAAGCUGCAUGGGCAGUGAUGAAAUUAGAGUCAAGUCCGGUGACCGUUAACGACGGCAUACCGACAUUCACUGAAUCACAAUGCUCGGCUUUUUGCAAAGCAAACGGACUCAUUCUUCUAGUACGAGGCCGACAACUGGUCGAUGAAGGAUUUCUCAACUACCCGAAGGAGGUUCUAACGAUCGUCUCUGCUGUCGCUUAUCUGGAUAAUUUUAGAAAUUAUGCAGCAGCGAUCACAUUCCAAGGACUAAAUGCAUCGGUCGUACGCUACAAGAUGGACGAAGGUGAACCGAAGUCACUAGAUAUCGUCAAACCAGGAAUUGGACGGAAUUCUCUGGCACUUCCUUUGUGA